AUGACUUUCAAGAUGAGGAAGCUACUUGAAAGCUCCCAUCUGCCCUUUUUAUCUUCCACCUCAUCCUCUUCUUCUCCAAAUUCUUUUUCUUCUUCUUCUUCUUCUUCUUCUUCUUCUUCUUCUUCUUCUUCUUCUUCUUCUCCUUCUACUCCUUCAUUAUCAUCAUCUUCUUUUAAUCCUUCUCAUAAGUCCGCUACUACUUUGCCUUUUAAACAUCCAAAAAACGCGUCAUUUCAACCCCAGUUCUCAGCACGAUCAGCACCAUCUUCUCCAAACCUUAAAAAACACAAAAAGUCAGCAAGCUCUUCUUUCUCACCAUCACAGCACUUUACUCCCAAGCAUUCAUCUUCUCGAUCCUGUUCAACUGAUUUGCUUUUUUCUAACAAUAACACACUUAAGUCUCCAAUGUUUACACCUUCAACAACUCAAACGCGUCCAGAACAACAACUUAACGACAAUUUUUCUUUUCCACAAAACACAUUCACCGUUCCUCAACUGAGGCCGCCAAAUAAUGGCGAUUUUAAUUUAUCAACACAACCAAACCCCCCAUUUAUUGACCGUGUUAUAGCAGAGCUAAUGGUUGAAAACCCAGAUGAUUUAGAACUAAAGAACCAGUAUCAGCAACAGCAACCUUCCGACUCUGUGCUGAUGGUUGAAAGAAAUUUAAAUUUUAUUCAGCUUUACUUUUAUCAAAUAAAGUUAGCUCUUCAAGAAGCUUUUACAAGCCAUGACAUUGAGUUUGUUUAUACAAAACGUCAGCAACUAAUAACUGCGCACAAAUUAUUAGAGCUUUGUAACACAGAACUAGAACGCUAUAUGUCUAUUCUUGAAGUAGAAAAAACAACAUCACCCUCCACUGAUAAAUACAAGCCACUGUCACGAAAAAAAUCCAACAAUACUAACAAAAGACUUGUUAAGGCUGCAGACAAGAUUGGAAAAACAAUCCCGGAGAUGCGCGAACUCUACAUCUUAUCGCAGAAUUUUCUAAAACGCUUGGAUCUUUCUGCCGAGUGGAACGAGCUCUACAAUAUCAUUACAAGUGGCUUGGAACUAGAAACCUGUAAUCUCGAGAAGGACCUUGUCAUGAUCAAAGAACAAAUUGUUUCCUCUGGCCUUUCAGCAGCACUUGGAUCCAGUGCUCGCUCGUGUUCAUCUACUUUAUUAUCUGCCAGCUCCAAGCACAAUCUUACUGAAAUGGAGUUUUUACUUCAAGCUGUUCUCGACAACCCCAUCACUAGCGGGUGUCGUACCAUUCCCUAUCUCAACGGUGCUCAAAAAAUUGUAGUCACUAGAUUUUAUGCUGUCCAGGCAAAACUUAGACCUCUUGAUAUUGCCAUAAAAUGCUUGCCUGAUCGAAUUGGGCUUUUUGAGGCAAAGGCAAUCAGUGUUUAUCCCCGAUCAUUUAUUCAGCUCACAACACGUUAUGCUGAUCUUCGUGAGCGAUUCUAUGGCUUGUCAAAAGAAUGUCUUAGAUUAUCCGAAGAACUUGGGGAUGAACUUCAUUGGAAUGAACUUUUUGUUGGGUUAUGCAGCAAUGCAGAGCGUGCUAUGAUUGACUAUGAACGGGCUUCUAGUGACUCCAAAAUUGGAUUUAGAUCAGUUUCUACUUCUUCUACAAUGUCUACAAAUUCAACAGUUUCUUUAUCUUCUACAACUUCAGCAUCUUCUUCUGUAUCAUCUUCUAAUGGUGGAUACAAAAUUAGUAUACAAACUAAAAAUGCUGCCGCCAAAACAAAUUCUCUUAAAGACUUGAAUAAAAUUAUGUCUUUGCUUAAUGGAAUGGUGAAACAAAAGGCAAUUAAAAAUCCUCAAUUAAUUCGCAAGCGAGACAUUCUUCAAGAAAAACUUAUUGAACUCAAACAUUCCAGUAAUUCCUCAACUUUUCAUAUUGUGUUUGAUCCCACACACAAGAAAGCAAGCAUUGGCCCCAAAGCCUCUCCUAAACCUUGUAUUAAUGCCUCAUCAUCAAAGUACUGCUUACUUCCUUUACCGCGCAAGAAUAAACCAAAUUUUUCAAACCCGUCAACUUAUGCAUCGUCAUCACGAAAUGUUUCAGGUGCAUCAACCAAUUCAACUGUUUUGUCAGAAGACUCUUUAAUGUCAUCAACACUCUCAUCUCAUUGCCGCACAAUUUCCUCCUCUUUAACAUCACCAUCGAGCUCACCUAAAUCAGUGCCAAUCCAGCUCAAAACGCCAAAUUUUGACCGUAACCCAGUUUGUAAUGAAUCAGAAGUACCAGCACCUUUAUCAUCUUCUACAACCAGCUCUGCGGUUCCAACAGUUUCUCAUGUGCGCAAUGAUAGCGUUUUGCAUGAAACCGCCCUCACAGCUUGCAGCCAUUCUAGUGGUAGUGGAAAGACGUUGACGCCGCCUACACCUCCAUACAUUAACAACACUCCACUGCAUGAAGAUUCAUCACAGCCAUUGAGCAAUACUGCAUCACCAGUGCUACCACCACGGCUAAACCCCUCAUUUAGUACUGCAUCAGUUUCAUUGCAAGAGGAAACUAAGGACGGAUCGCCGCGACGCAGGCUAGAAUCUGGUGUUGAGUUUUCAGAUCCAUUUUCUACUUAUAAAGGUGGUACUGUUGCUGCAUUACUUUCUAUUGGCGAAUUUUCUUCGCCUCGCUUGACACCAGUUCCUGUAUUUUCUUUAGGAGUUGAGCCUCAAACACAGCUGCCUCUCAAAAACAAACUUCAACCUGGGUUUGUCCCCGAAGAAUUAUUUUGUAAUUCUCCUACACUUGAUCCUCGUGUAAUUGGAAGUUCAAAAACUGAUUCUAGUUUGCCACUGAAAUCUGAUAUUCGCCAAGAACUUUUACCAGAACUGACUAUUAGUCCGAGCAGAAGCAAUAAACGCAAAUCAUGCGAACUUGGAUCACCUUCAAAAUAUAGUGUACAAAUUGUGCGAAACGGUCUAAAACAACAACCGGUUUCUGAAUCUUUGACCAUAACUAAGUCACCUUUAGUACGUGGAGGAAAUCAAAUGUCAUUAAUCUCAUCACGGAAAGCUUCUCAGCGUGCGCGCAAAAUUUCAGAUAAAAUGAAUACUGCAGCGAUGUCUCCAACAUUUUUCCCCAAUGAUGUGACGACUGUGACACCUGGAAGAGUGUCACAGAUGCAUAGAUACAAUCCUAGCACAGCCUCCUCUUUGACUGAAGAAUCUCUUUACAAGGCUGCCAUUGUAUCAUCAACUCCUUGCUCGAAUUUAGGCUCUGCAAAACAACACAAGCAAUCUUAUAGUGGCUCAAGUCGCAUAUUUCAUAUUCCUCCACCUCAACGUUUGUCCAGUUUGUUUGGGAAUGAACUAUGGCCAGUAUCCCUCUCUUCAUCUCCAAUGGCUGAGCGACAAGUAUUAGGAGAAAGCAGUGGGAACAUUGCAACACCACCACCAUCACAUAAAAAUUCUGGUAAAACCAAGUCGCAACAAUUCGUUCCAACGCAUGGGAAGCGUGCCAGUACAUCAGGAUUCUUUGCACGGUUAUCACAUACUUUUUCUCCUGAAACAGAGUUUCACGUUCCAUCCACUUCUGUUUUAGAUAAUAGUGUUGCAAGCACCCCUGGGCUUUGUAUGUCUCCCUUUAUGCUUGAUGACUCUUUUGAGUCUCGCAUAGAUAAACAGCGAAGCUAUGGAAAUGCAAACGGAAGUAGUAUUAGCAUUGGUAGCAGUGCAAGUGGAAACAGCAGUGGUGGAGGAUCUGGAGGAUCUUGUGAUGAAUCUCAAGUAAUUGACAGACGGUAUCGUGUUAUGCCAUCUAAUUUGGUGAUUCAUAAACCUUUUCAGGUAGGAGAUGAUAGCGAAAAUCAUGUUGCUACUAGUACACCUAAUACGGACACUUUUGAAGAGCAAAAACCAUUUUCUGCUGGAGCAUAUCAUAUCCUUGAAGUGAAUCCAGAAAUAGUGGUUCAGGAUCACAUCAGUAUUACUACAAGUCGUGGAACAGUCAAAGAUGGGCAGGAAGGCAUAAAUUUACCUUCAGGAAGUACACCAUCCAUAUCUUUUAUGCCCUUUUCUCGUGGAGGCUCUCGGCCAUCAUCUAUUGCUAGUUUCUCAUCAGUAUUUUCUUACACGUCUUCACUUGCUGGAAACACAAGCUCAGGUGAUAACUCUCAGUCUUCCUCAGGCUUGACCCUUCCUCAAUUUCAAAUUCAUGGUCAAAAUCAGAGUCCUCAACUGCAAAUCCAAAUCCAACAACAGCAGGGACGACCACAAAUAUAUGACAAUUAUAUCAUUCCGUCACCAACGGCUCCAACAGUGUUUUUCUCCAACCUGGCGACGGAGGCACGCACUAAGAAGCCUAGAACAACUAGCACGUCAAUGACACGAUCUAACUCUAAUUCGAGUUAUGAAUCGUUGCGACAGUACCAGCGACACGCACGUGUUGCUCAGGCUGCGGCACAGGCUGCGCUGGCGGCACAGUCGCAGCGCGAGUAA